AUGGCAUCGUUUUGCAGAUCAGCGCUAAUGGCAGGUUCCAGAAACUUAGCAUCGAGAUCCAAAAGCGUUACUCAAAAGUCCCUCAAUCUUAAGCCAACAACGACUUCGUCUCCGUUCCCUUCGCCGUCCCAAUCCGUCCCUCGCGCUUCAAGGGUUCUCUCGGCUUUGGGAGGCGUUGAAACGAUGAUUCCGCUUCACAGUGCGGUUGCUUCAGCUCGGCUCCGGUCAAGCAUCGCUGCUGAUUCCUCCUGUUGGAGCUGGCUUUCCCAGGGUAACAAGCUUCGUCUUUUCCCUUUGCUUCUUUCAAUUUGUUGUCUUUGUGCUAGUUUCUUUUUGUGUGUGGAUUGUAUCCGUUUCUUCUGCUUUUAUCAUUUGUUUUCAUGGCUUUGGAAUGUUUUGAGAAUCAAAUUGAACCUCAAGAGCUAG